AAGUUCGACAUGGUUGAUUUCAAAGAGGAUAUCCAGUCAAGCCGGAAUGACGUGAAACAUAACCUCGGGAGUUGGGUCUUGGCGAAGGUUCUUUCGAAUAGCUGACGAUGAUUUAUCGCAUCUCGAACAGAAUGUGGAGGAAUACUUCCGGACUUGGAAUCGGGUUAUCCGCUAUCCUAUCACUGCAUUAUUCGAAGGGAAUACCGGCGGCUGCAACAGCGAUGCAAAAUAUACGGUUGUCAUCGAACUUCGAGAUUCCGACAGUCGGACUUGGGACAUGGCAGUCAGGGCCCGAGGAAAUUGAAAAGGCCGUCGAAGCCGCGCUGGAAAACGGGUACAGGCAUAUCGACACGGCUUUCAAUUACAAUAAUGAAGAGGCCAUUGGACGAAGCUUGAAAAAAUGGUUUGACAAGGGCGGUCAACGUCGCGAUCUCUUCAUUACGUCAAAACUCCCCCAUUACGGAAACAGACCAGGCGACGUUGAGAAGUUCAUGAAAUUGUCAUUGGAAAAGCUACAACUUGAUUACUUAGACAUGUACUUGAUCCACAUGCCAUUUGCAUUUGUUAAGGACCCCAAUGGAUACGCUCCGACGAUUGAUCCAGACGGUUUUUACAAGCUGGAUCUAAACACGGACCCCGUCUCUGUAUGGAAGGAAAUGGAAAAACAGGUUAAAAAUGGUAGAGCAAAAUCGAUCGGAUUGAGCAAUUUCAAUGAUAAACAAUUAACGGAAAUUUGGGAUAAUGCUGACAUAAAACCAAGUAACUUACAGAUCGAGCUCCACGCCUAUCAGCAACAAAAGCGAUUGCGCGAGCUGUGCAAAGGGUACAACAUCGCGGUGACCGCUUACAGUCCGCUGGCCUCACCCGGAGCGAAAACUCAUUUUCAAACAAAGUACAAUUACAACGCGGAGAAGUUUCCCGAUCUUCUGGGUCAUCCGGUCGUUAAAGAAAUUGCCGCGGCUCACAGCAAGACGACGGCUCAAGUUUUGCUGCGCCACCUUGUGCAGGCGGGCGUCGUUGUUAUACCGAAAAGUGCCAGUCCCCAGCGGAUCAAGGAAAACAUCGAUCUAUUCGAUUUCGAACUAACACAAACCGAGAUGAACUCGCUAGACGUGCUGGAUCGCGGUGUGGAAGGGAGAAUUUUUCACUUUCUGUUCUUUAAGGGGGUCGAAAAACAUCCGCAUUACCCGUUUAAGGACGAGUUGGACCAUUAACAAAUAGUUCAGAAUCUUGCCGUAAUAAAAAUGAACUGUAAAAUAAAACGAACAUUAAAAAAAUUUA